AAGUUGGCUAGGGUUCUUUAAUGCCGGGAAAGGGAGAUUGCCGUGCUUGAAAGGGAUGUUUGCCUAGAAAGAUAGCUUGCCGUGGAAGAAGUUUCGCCCCGUCUCGAAGUCUGCGAGGGAGGCUAUAACAGAGUACUCACACUCUCCAUUCAGUCUCUGGUUGGUUUUUGACUUGUUCUAGACGUUUACGUUGGGCUUUCUAUUUUGUCUCGUUUUAUUUAAAUUCUCGCCAGCCAGAGGCAAAAUAUUGGAAAACGACGAAAAAGCCUAAAACAUGUCAAAAGCCCGCCAGAGCCGAAACUCUGCUUUGAGAGUAAAGCAUACGCAGAGAACGAAAAUCCUGUUUUGCCAAAUAUUUCUAUUCUUUCAGCAACAAAAGAGGUGGGAAUUACCGUGACCUAACUCCCUCUAGCUCUGCGUCCCGGUGUGCGGCAUCAACUGCUGCGUCUACAGCAGUGUGUGCUCCCCUGCCCCUGCCGCGGGUGUGUCAUGACUGCCGCUCGCCCGUAGGGACCACCUGAACGUACCGCGGCCGUGACUUCGGCCCAUCCGCACGCCAAGAUGGCGCGACGGUACAGACUGUGCGUCAGAUCGGUACUAAAGAUGGCUCUGUGGUGUAGCAGACGUGGUCUAUCGGCAGUGAUGGCGGUGUGCUGCCUGCUGUAUGUGACCACCAUGUUCAGCCUCUCCGGACCGCGCCAUGCCACAGUAAACCCCCUGGUCACGACCAGCGGAGCCGGGAAACUGCAGAGAGUCAACCGCGAUGCCUUCUUCCUACUACCGCCUGCUACAACACUACAACCCCUCAACACAUCUGUAGCGAGGAAGGCGGUGUUAGUCCUGUCACAGUUGAGACUGGACGCGGAGGUUGUAGGGGAGAUCUUCAGCCAACAGGAGGACGUGUUCUACUUUCCCGAACAUCUUUGGUCUUUCCUGUACGCUGACCCAUUUCCCAACUCCCCGGGCCUCGCCGAGACCGAGAAGAGGGCGUUGUCAUCAGACACCGAGGGCCUGUUUCUGAACGAAACGGACAGGGAGAGAAAAUGGGCGACUCUAAUCGUGACAUUACGGGCUCUGUUUCGCUGCGACUUCGACAAGAUUUUCAGCAGAGACGACUCCUACGGAGAGUUAGGGGGCGGGGUUCCCCCCAGUGUUGCCAAGGACAUGUUCUGUCGAGAGAUACAGAAGUACGCCCCCUUGCGGCAGGGCUUCUCAUGCCACGGCUCGCCGGCCGAGAUCGUCCGACGCAUGACGUCACUCUGCGUUGCCAAGGCGACGGUGGUGGUCAUGAUCGCGGGUAUAACGCACGUGGAACACUUCCAGUCGUUGGUUGAAGACGAGACCUUGAACGUGAGAGUUGUAGAGGCUGUACACGACCCACGUGCGGUGCUGGUGUCGUGGAUGAACGCAGUGCCAAAGAGACGGGCGACAGACGUGGAGAGAAGGGGCUUCUUUGACACGAGAGGCGGCCUGGCCCUAACAGCCACCGACAUGACGAGAAUGUGUAUCGGCAUGGUGACGAACCUGCUGUACUGGUCACGCAGCAGCCCGCCUUUCCGCACGAACUACGCCGUGCUGAGGUACGAGGACCUUCGGGCCGACCCCCGGACCCUCGCCGAGAACGUCCUGUCGUUUCUCGGUCACCGGCCUGCCAGCGCGGCGGACCUUCAGAGGGUGGUCGCGAGGAUAGAACGAAAGAGGGAAGACGUAAAAGACGGAAACGGAGAGUGGAGAAAGAAUCUGACGGUUGCCGGGGCAACCAAGAUACAGGGAAGGUGUUCUGAAGCGAUACGAAAGUUUGGAUACAAGUUUGUGAAAUCGGAGAGAGACUUGACGGACAAUACCACUUCCCUUGUGGGGACCUUCCCAAUAGAACUUCCCGGUGUUAUAACGGACAGAAGAAACCAUAUAUUGUCGUCUGCGUUGCCUAGGAACGAGACAAUACUUCUACAGAAGGCGAAAGUCCAAACUGUCGUCCAUUACCGCUUACAAGCCCGCGAAAACGGGACGCAGUAGAUAUAACGUUAUAUCAUUCUCCAAACAGAGGUUGGGUCGUUGAAAUAGUAUUGGUAAAGAUUUUUACUGGCUAGCUUGCUACCCUCAAAACCCUGACCACUACUAUCUCCGCAGCCUAACAUCUGCUUGCAGAAUACUUAUACAUUGCCAAGUGAUGUGUGCUCGUAACUUCGCAGUCACGUGACCUGUAACGUCAUCUAGGGUCCGCCAUGUUGGUGGGUUAAAGACGCAUGCGUCAUGAUGACGUCAGAGACAUUCUGUUAUCCUCUACCUCAACAUGCCUGUUUUUUUAAUCGUGCAUAUUAGAGAGCGCUAGCCAAUGGCUUAUUUUGCAUAACGUUGGUACAAACUUCCAAACAUAACGACUCAAGAGGGGAUAAAUAGAUUGAGACCAAGAAACAUUUGACAGAUUUUGUACCUUUUUUUUUUUAAUUCUCGAUGAGAAUGUAAACUGAUAUGAGCUCUUGUAUAUUUCAGAUUUGCCAUCCUGUUAUGAUGUUUCACAUUAAAGAAAAUAAACUGUUAAUACGAUAAA